CAUUCCUCACCACUAACACCCACGAAUUUGCAUAAAAAAACUUUAAGCACCGAGAACGCGCACGGUGUUACCAAUUCUAGUGCAGUAUAUAACUUUCCGUAUAUUUGGUGUGUGCACUGUGCCGCCGCUGGGAGUCAAGUCUCAUUUUCGCAGCAGGUGCAAUUGCAUUAAGAAGAUUAAUUACAACAACAACCGCUUGAGAAGCCUAUUAAAGCAGCUAGUUGAAGUGUUUUGUUUGUACGCUGCCCCGCUCCUCGUGAUUCGCUGAUAUUUGGCGCUGUGAAUGCGAAACCGAAAGUAAAAUUCGCAAGCCACAGAACUUGUAAAUUAUGUAAAAGUUUUGGGCCAACAACAAGUCGUUUGUGCGGGUGUGUGUGUGCGAGGGAGUGAGCUUAUCGAAAGAAUUUAAUGGAGGCUGCGCCGGUAAUUUCUCGGCCGUCUUCAUCUGUCCCCCUUCGUCAUCAGCAACACCAACUGAACGCGGCGAACAACAAGAGCAACUGUAAAUAGUCUCAGCCCUUUGCUAAGCGCCGUACAAACAAGUGUUGCAAAAUUAUGCUGACAACGGAACACAAAAGCCGUAAUGAAAAAGACAAAAUAAGUCAAUUAAUGCUCAACAGCUGAAUUGCGUUGCAUUAUAAAAUUUUGCGCUUAAAUCAUGCUUUAAUGCAAACAACAGAGGACUCAACAAACUUUGCCACUUGGCUAAAAGGGAAAGCCAGAAAAGCUUCAGACUGGAGGCCUCACUCACCCUGAAGCGCAUUUUUGCUCGCAAAAUUGGCUACAAAGCAAAGUCGAAGUCAAUUUUAGCGGCCAUGCGCACGAAACACCUGAUUCUGAUAUUAAUCGGAGUGAUAAUCGCAACGAUCGUCUUCAUCGCAUUUGGACCAGCCGGCGAGCCGAACGAAUCAUUUAAAAACAUUGUUGUCCAGACGCACCAGCAGUUCAAAGAGUUUCAGGAGAACCUUCGCGUUGGGUUAGAGCGCAAGAAGCUCGACAUUGACCCGAAGUAUUUGCUACUACUAGGCUUCACCUCAUCAAAGGAUGUCUCAACCCAACAACAGCAGCUGGAUCAGCAGGAGACGGCGAUCGGUUCUUCUAAUCAGAUCCUGCCAAAGACAGAUUUCCCAGCGCCGGCCACCAAGGCGGAACAGGAGCUCAUCGAGUUGCGAGGACUGCGGCGUCCCCAGGAUGUUGCGUCCUUCGGUGGCCAGCCGGGAGAUCGGGAGCAGCGUGGACAGCGCAAGCGAGUUACGACGCCGUACAACGGCACAAAGAGCAACUUUACCAUCGUCACGUAUGUGCUGGAGGGACAGGCUGCAUCGGCCAUCAUCCUGGCCCAGAACAUUGCUGCCAAGCUGCCCACCGAAUACCUGCUCAUCUACGAUUUGGGUGUGUCGGAUCAGCAGCUGCGCGAUUUGGGCGCCUACUGCAACAACAGCCGGUGCUCGGUGAUUACGUAUGACCUGUCGGAGUUCCCCUCCUUCGUCGGCGAUCAGCGGACCCACGCCUACCGGCCCAUCGUGAUCAAGGACGGCUUGAUGCGCGCCCGGUCGGUUCUUUUUCUAGAAAACAACAUGCGGGUGCGGGGCAGCUCCGCCCAGCUGCAGAGUCUGCAGAGCAUCGUGAUGAAGCCAGGAGUAAAGAGGGCCGGAGUCAAGAACGCAGGUGUCCUUGGCUGGAACACACCAACAGCGGUGUCCUCGCUCACGCAUCCCAAAAUGUUCGACUACUUCGCCUCGAAAGCUGAAGAGUUUAACUUCCUGCGGAUGGUCGAUCUGGAUGCGGUCUUCUUCUCGGACAGUCCUUUAGUAACCGAGAAGAUCAUGCUGCCCUGGCUGAAGUGCUGCCUCACCCUCGAGUGCAUCGAUCCAAUCGGUGCCCAAUCGAAUGGCUGCAAGUUUAACAAAAAACCACUGUACCGAUACUCCGGAUGCCACGGGUACGAUGCGUCCGCCUUCAACAUUGUGCUGGGUCUCACCUCGCAAAUGGACAACUCGGAGUACUCGCUGCCCAGCGAUAGUCCCCGCAAUAUGUUCUACAAGGAGACGCUGGAGCAGGCCACCCGGAUACUGGAGAGCCGGCGGCGCAACAGCAGCGAGACAUCCGACCAUCCGUUUACGGACGACUGAGCUUGUCCUGCUGGGAUGAAAAGUUUACGAGGGCGGGGCCAAAGCAUUUGAUAACACUUUUUCUACCGACACACCCACACACACACGCAGAUACUCAGGAGCCAGCGGAACAAACCAAGAUUGGCAGAACCCAAAAUGAAGUAGCUAACACGCAUGCGAUUCCCAGUUAAGCAGAGAUCGAAAGACGAUUUGGUAUCCAAGACAGACCAGAGCACAGUAAUUUAGCGUUACGUUAGGCUGUGCAGCUUAUCAAUAAUUAUAACAGUUUAGUCAAGCCCUAGUUACUUAUUAAACGAAAUCUGCAUGAAUAUCUGUGUGACUGUUUCCAUGUUUUUGUUGCAUCGAUAUUUGUAAAUACCCUGUUUAGUUAACUGCCCCAACUGUAAGUAGAUAAGAACAUCAAAUGGCAUACAUUUUGUGAUUGUAUUUUAUAGUUACUCACGCAUAGACAAACAUAUAAAGUAUAUUAAUAUAAAUGUAAUGUAACUAUCAUAAAACAAGAUGAGCCAAAAAAGUAAGUUAAUAAAUUUAUGAAUAACCAAUA